UUAUUGAUAUUCUUUCACGCAUUCUUUGGGGCUCUAAGAACUUGCGUUCAUACAACGAAGAUAGAACAGCAGAGCCCAAAACCCCAAUCCCCCCCCCCCAAAAAAAAAAAAAAAAACUCUUCGUCCUUCUCUGUUGUUUUUACUCGUCGCGCUCUGUUCCAGAGACGAAUGGCAGAGGAACCCAAUUCUAAGUGGGAAGGUAAAGCCUGCGUUGAGAUCCCACACACAGGCACAGAGCAAGCAUGGAGUCUGUUGGAGGAUUUCUGCAACCUGCACAGAUUGAUGCCCAUAGACACGUGCUAUCAAGUAGAGGGCUUUCCUGGUCAGCCUGGCCUCGUCCGGUACUGCGCUUCCACCGUUCAAGGCCAGGGGGAGGCUGAGACCACCGUCAAGUGGGUCAAAGAGAAGCUGCUUGCCUUGGAUCCUAUCCAGCGCUGUUUGACCUACGAGGUUUCCGAUAACAACAUCGGAUUCAAGUCAUAUGUGGCCACAAUCAAGGUGUUGCCCAUGGCCAGUGAUGUUGAUGUUCAAGGAUGCAAGAUCGAAUGGUCGUUUGAGAGUGAUCCGGUGGAAGGAUGGGCAUUUCAAGAUUUGGUCUCUUAUGUUGACUCCUCUCUUCACUACAUGGCCACUAAGGUGCAGCAAGCAUGCUCUGCUAAUUAGUAGUCAUUAGUACGAGCUGAGGACCGCGUAAAAGUGAAGCCAACUACACGGGAUUGUCUACCUGCAACCAUCUCUUGAUUAUCGCUUUUUAUAUGUAGUUUAAUAAUUUCGCCAAGACUCCUAGCUUCCUUUUUGUUGCAAUUAACGUUCUCAUCACUGUCAAUUAUCGUCUUCGAAAACUUCGGAUAAAGUUGCUCAAACCCAGAAAACAUAAAUCUGGGCUCAUCCACAAAUAUCAAGUUCGUGAUCUCAGAUGCUAAACUGCCACAUGAGCAGGUCGAUUUCUACUUAAUAUCGACAUGAUAAAUUUGAUUCCAGCUUACUUGUACGUCCAUUUGAUUUUCCUGGUAGUUUGGAAAGAAUAUAAUGAUACGAGUACUUACACUGUUUGUG